CCUCUCGAGCCGGCCGGCCGGUCACGUAAAUUCGGAGGCGCGCGGCAGCAGCGGGCGCGGGAACGUGCACCGUCCGGCGGAAGGCCCGGUCCGGAAUGGGGGCUCUGAACAGCCGACGGGACGCGGCGGUGGAGGAGCUGGACAUCCCGGCCGGCUCUGUGUACCGGUACCCGCCCAAAUCCGGGAACUACUUUGCUAGCCACUUCAUCAUGGGAGGACAGACGUUUGACUCUGCUCAGCCUGAGGGAUUCCUGUUUGGGGAGAACUCCGACCUCAACUUCUUGGGAGCUCGGCCGGUCACUUUCCCAUACGCUGCUCCUCCGCCUCAGGAGCCGGUGAAAACCCUGCGGAGUCUGAUCUCCAUUCGGAAGGACACGCUGAGACUGGUGAGUGAUCUCCAAGGUUCCGAGCAUGUCCAGCAAGGUCCGAUUGAACCCCUCAGGCUGGGGAUCACCCUGCAGGUGAUAAGAUGCCCAGAGGAAGUGCAGAGCCCAGAGGGGGACAGUUCCAUACUAAAAGUUCCCUACAACGUGGAGUUCACCUUCGAUGCUGACGCACAAGUGGCUAUAACCAUCUACUACCAGGCCACUGAGGAGUUCCACAAUGGCUGUGCCAGCUACAUCUCGAAGGACUGCUCCCUACAGUCGGAGACUGUCCAUUACAGGCGUGGCGUCUGCCAGCAAUUCUGUUUGCCGACUCACACCAUUGAUCCUUCGGACUGGAUGGAUGAGGAGCUGGUUUGUAAUGCUGAUGGCACUGUAUACCCAAUGGUGAUCCAUGCAGUUGUGGAUGAAGGAGAAGAACACAUGGGCCACUCUCACGUGCUCCUGACCACCUUCGACAAGAGCCCAGAUGGCAACUGCUCGGUGAAACCACUCAAACAGAAGCAGGUGGUGGAUGGGGUCAUUUACCUAUUGCAGGAGAUCUAUGGCAUCGAGAACAAGUCCAACAGCCAGGAGUUGAAGGUCCCCGAUGACGAACUCAGUGACAACAGUGCCGAAUGUGUGCUCCUACCCUCUCUCACACACCCUCCUCCCUCCCCAACCCAUUCACAUCACAACCCCCUUCCCCCCACACCUCUCCUCACCCACAUGUCUCUCUCUCACCCUCAUUCUCUCUCUCCGUUUCUCUUUUUCUCCCUUUCUCUCCUUCUCUCUCUCCCUUCAUCCACUCUGUCUCUCUCCUCUCAUUCUUUCUCUCCCCCUCCCCCUCUUCCCCUCUCAGCCUUCCGCGCUCUCCUACAGAUCAGAGCAAUGAGAAAGAAGCAGGAUCCCUUGUCACCUGACACUACUGAACCAGUUAUCUCCCCCCAACUACCAGAUCAAGACGACCAGCUGUCGUCAGACCCAAUUCCCCAUGGAUACGAGGUGGUGUCUCUGCUGGAAGCACUGAAUGGUCCCCUCACCCCUCCCUCGGCACCACCCCUGCGCCUGGUGAGGAAUGGCCACCCUCCCUGCCCAAAGCCCCCCCUGGGGCAUGAUCAAAGGGCUCUUCCUGUACACACCUUAUCUUCACUGGACCAUGGAACUGAGAGCAAAGAUGCACUCCAUCUGAAGGAGAGUGAAUUCAUGUCACUCUCACAGAAUUCCCCGGUGCCAGAGGAGGAUGAAGAGAGGUUGGGAAGUGACAGGGAGAUGCCGACAUCACCAGAGACACAACUCCCUCAGGGGGUCGAGGAUCACCUGCAACAUCCGACCCCAGAGAAGCAAGGGGCUUGGACUGUGAUCGCUGUGGGCACUGGGGUGACUUUUGACCUCCCAUUCCAGGAUUCCGGAGUGACCCCUGAGAGUGAGAACGUGACCCUGUCAUCUUCAGAAGUGAUGGAUGCUUCCUCUCACACACCCACCAAUCUCUGCUCCAGCAUCAGCUCUCCUGAAGACCCUGGCAGCAGCCUGGCACAGAGCGUGAUGUCAAUGGCCUCCUCCCAGCUCAGCACUGACACAAUCUCCUCCAUGUCAGGCUCCUACCUGGCCAACGGAGCCGACAGUCUGGCAGACUGCGAUCCUGAGGACUGUCUCACCCUGCCUUCAGCAGAGGAAGAGGAGAGGGAUGAGAAUGAGGAGGAGGAAGAGGAUGGAGAGGAACAAGAGGAGGAGGUUCCUCGGACACCAGGGGCUGAUGCUGACAUGGGUACCAGCCAACGAGACUCUGAGGGUAACGCUGUUACCGAGGAGCGGGCGGGAGCUGCUGUCCGUGAGUCGAGUAUCCAUGGCUGGUGGGACCAGACUGGCGUCACUCCUGCCUGUGACAACAACAACAAGCUACCUGAGCUGAUGGGACUGGACAAUGACCCCCAUCCAGAGGUCGCCACACCUGGUACCCCUGUCGGAGAGGGAAGGCCUGGCCAGUGGCCCCCUACCCCUGGAGCCCAUGGUCCUAUUUAUGGAAGUCUUGACGUGUGACCAAGGAUGUGAACCCAGCCACAGUGCACACCCCUGGAGUAGAUGAAUACUUCCUGCUGGAACGCCCUCCAAGAGAAACAAUCAGAUCCCUAACUUGGCUCACUCCCUCCUUAACUCUUCCUUCCCUCAUUCACCCUCCCUGUCUGACACUCCCAGAUCCUCCCUCCUUAUCCCUCAUUCUCUCCUUAACUCUUCCUUCCCAGACAUUCUACCCUCACUCUCUAUUCCCCUCUCUCUCACUCCCUGCCCCUCACUCCCUAUUCCCCUUUCUCUUGCUAUCUCUUUCUCUCUCCCUCUCUCCUCUCAUCCCUGCCCCUCAUUCCCUAUUUCUCACCCUCUCAGUCCUUGCCUCUCACGCCCUAUUCCCCUUUCUCAUACUCCCUGCCUGUCUCUCCCUCACUUCCUCUCUAUCCCUCACUCCCUGUUUCAUGAAGACUGUGACAUUCCUGGCAAGAUUCCUCUUUGUGUUACAGUCUGCGCAUUGCCUGUCACUGUAGAUUAAAGGAACAAGAACUGCA